AAUGGCAACAUAAAUAUAUGUUAUAAAAUCUAUUCGCAUAUGCAAGAAAUAAUUUAACUAAAGGAUAUUUGACACUUCGUUGUACGAUUUUGUGGUUUUUAUCAGACUCGUUUUAGAUAGUUAAUGGAACUCUUAUUUUGAAGUGUUUCCUGCCAGCUGGCUGGGCCGCCGUGUGUCCUCCAGCAGAGGGCGUCGUCCUCCAGUAGUCAACUCUCCAGCCAGCAAGCAGCAUCAAAGCUAGAGGAAGUACAGCUUGUUUCCACAGUGCUGCUUACCGGGGUUUCGAACACAUAUGGACAAACGUGUGGAAAACAAUGAAGACCAGCAAUAAUGCCUCAGCCCAGAAUGAUGCUGGUGGUGACGGGAGAUGACUUUGGCUACUGUCCCAGGAGAAAUCAGGGGAUUGUGGACUGCUUCCAGGCUGGAGGCAUUUCCAAUGUGUCACUGCUGGUUAACGCCUCUGCUGCCAAAGAGGCAGCAGAUCUGGCUAAAAGGCACAACAUCCCCAUCGGCCUCCAUGCCAACCUGUCCGAAGGCAUUCCAGUGUGUCAGAGCCUCCAACAGGCCUCCACGCUGAUAAACCAGCGUGGCUUCUUCCUUGGGAAGAUAGGCUUCCGUCAGGCCCUGGAGAGAGGUCAGCUCUGCUUGAAACAGGUGGAGCUCGAGUUGAGGGCCCAAGUCAGUCUGUUCAGGGAACUGACGGGUCACCUGCCCCACCACAUGGACGGACACCAACACGUCCAUGUACUGCCAGAGGUGUGUGAGGUGUUUGCUCAGGUCCUGUCAGAUCUCAAGAUUCCGUACACUCGUGUUCCAGUGGAGCCGGGUUUACACAAGUGCCCAGCGCUGCCAGCACACCUCCACAGGUUCUACACACAGGUGGAGAAGGACGCUCUGGACUCCAUCCCUGUCUUCACACGCUAUGGAAUCAGGUGGCCAGAUGUGUACCUGGGACUGACCACCAUGGGCCAGAACAUGUCCGUCCCCAACCUGCAGAGGGCGCUCAGCCACGCCUUGGCUGCGGGGUCCUCUUCAGGCACUACCUCCAGCAGCAGUGCAUCAGGCUCUACUCAGCCUGUCGUCACAGCAGAGCUCAUGGUCCACCCGGGUUACCCCAGUCACCCCCAGGAAGGAGGCUGCGGAGAGGGCCCCGAUGACUUCUCCCAGUCGGCCGACAGACAGCACGAGCUGAACGUGCUCAGAGACCCGUCCCUACUGGCUCUGUACAGCCAGGAGAGAGUGCAGCUCUGUGCCUUUAAAGACAUCUGAAUACUGCUGCUGUCUAAAUAGAGACAACCAUGUAUGAAUACUGUAGAGAGACAAAGUGAGUGAGUUACAUCGAUAUUAUAUUUUUUGUGCUCAUUUAUGACCGUUAUGCUCAAGGACUUCUCGUGGUUACAGUGAUUCACACUCAUAUUUUAUUGACAAAAUAUUUUUUUGUUUUAUACCGUCACUGACUGCUGACUCCUCACUACUCUUAACGCGGUUACUUUUCUAGUUUAUUUCAGUUUUAGAAGCCUUUUAAUGAACAUCAUUUCCCAUAAGCCCAAGGCAGUCACAGGUUAAAGGUCAUCAACUGUCGAGUGGGCGCUAUGUGAAUGGAGUUGUCUCUCUCUUUUAGUCCAGACAUGGCUAUAACAAUAGCACAUCUUAUCUUUCUUAUCGCUGGUGAAACUUUAUGACAGCUGCUUUUUUUAAUGCCAACUAAUAAAUCAUUAACUUUGUUAAUAAUAAUAAUGUUUAAUAUAUAAUAAGUAGUGAGUUACAGAGGCCAGACAGGAGGUGGCGUCAGGAUUUCAGCUCUUUCUAGAUCCUUGCAGUUGGGCACAAAAUCCACUCUUCACAUUUACUGAGUAAAUGUGACGGUGAAGCACAGAAACACUACAAAAAAACUACACUUACCUGCAAACUGGAAUGCGCCGCUCUCCUUGGAAGUGAAGAGGUGUUUGUUAAAGUUGACAGAAAUGUUUGAGGAAAGUGUGUUCUUUAUGUAAGCCAUACUCAGUGCUGCUUUGCAGUACUCUGAUACAGAUCGGUGUAUUGCACCACCCACAUGCCCGACAAUGCACAUACACAUUACAACAUUGGGUUUUUAAUAAUGUCUCACUCAC